AUGCAUAUACCAAAACGUUCAAUUCUCAAUGAUGAUAAAACAUCUUUGGAAAAUUGGCAAAAUUAUUGUUUAAAUCAACCGUAUUUAUCCAAUGAAAAUCAAUUCAUAACAUCAUAUUCUACUAAUUAUCAACUUAAACAGUUGGAUGAACCAACUAAGCUUAGACCAACAUCUGCCAAUCGACGACAUAAACCUCAGUCAUCAAGCCUGUUAUCAUAUUUUACAGAAAUUCUAAUAACAAAUUCGGGUAGAUUGGGUUUAUUGAAACUAACUAUUAAAAGAAUUCAGUGUUUCUUUCGACCAAUACAUAAUAAUAUUCGGUUGCAUUCAUGGAAACAAAUAAUUUAG